UUGUGGCUUACAAAAAAAAAAUAUUAAAUCUAGCCACCUAGAUUUUAGGCAGGAACUCUAUAUCGACCGCCAUUAAUGGGAGUAAGACAAUAUAUUUAAAACUCCAUAAAGAUGAGCGACGAAAAUCUCAAAUUAGGAGAAGAAAGAUUAGUGAUUUGCAUAGGUGACAUCCAUGGCCACUACUCAAAGCUUCAAAAUCUAUGGUCCAAUCUCCAAUCUCAAACAAACCCAUCUCAAUUCAACAAUGCUCUUAUCAUUUUCUUAGGUGAUUAUUGUGAUAGAGGCCCAGAUACCAAAAGGGUAAUUGAAUUUCUAGUUUCUCUCUCCUCAAAAUACCCAAAUCAGACCCACAUCUUCCUAGCAGGUAACCAUGAUUUUGCGUUUGCAGCAUUUCUUGGAGUUAUUCCUGCGCCUUGCGAUGGGUCUGAAUUCAGAGAAGGGUGGAAGGAGUACGCGCAAAGUGAGGAGAGAGAAGGUUGGUAUAAUGGUGAUGGGUAUGAAAAUAUGCAUUUGCAAGGAAGAAGAUGGGCUGGUACUAUUAAAGUUAAGUUUAAUACAACUAAGGGGAUGGAUUAUAAGGGGUCUAUUUAUGAUGCUGCGCCUACUUUUGAGUCUUAUGGUGUUCCUCAUGGCUCUGCUGAUCUGAUGAAAGCAGUGCCUGAUGACCACAAGAGAUUCCUUGCAGAUUUAGUUUGGGUCCAUGAAGAGGACAAUGUUUGUAUGAAGACCCCAGAGGGGCUGAAGAACUGUAAGCUGAUAGCGGUGCAUGGUGGACUUCAACAAGGUAAACCUGUCAACGAGCAACUGAAGGUUUUAAAAGCUAGGGACACAGCCAUACCAAAGGUCGAAUGUUUAAGUGGAAGGAAAAGCAUUUGGGAUAUGCCGGAGGAAUUAAAAGGAAAUUCAACCAUUGUGGUAAGUGGUCACCACGGAGAGCUUAACAUUGAUGGUUUAAGGCUGAUAAUUGAUGAAGGCGGGGGCUAUGAGGACAAGCCCGUGGCUGCUAUCAUCCUCCUGUCCAUGAAUAUAGUCCGGGACACUGAUUGUGCAUGAUCGUCUUACACUUCUUGUUCUUGUCCUAGUAUAUAGUACUUUAGAGUGCAAAUUUUCUAUUCCAUCUUCAGGGUAGAACAAAACCUCAUAAUUUGGUGCUUUAGGGAAGCAAUUUUGAAACUGGUGUAUGGAGUUAAAUAAGAGGGCAUACAGCAUACUGGGCAUCCACAGAUUAUGCAACACUUUUAAAGGUAAGUGACCAUCUAUUUGUUGACAUAUUGCUUUCUAUCAAGUGUAUUUGAUAUUAUUAA